AUGUGUGAUAAACUUCGGGCUUUGAAGGAAGAAGAUGUAGAUAUCUUUAUUUUAGAAAUUAGAAGUACGGAAUUGAGUAAAAAAUGGGCAAACGUGGAAAAUUCUUUUGAAAAAUGUAUUUUCUUUUUGGAAUCGUCUGAGGAUUCGUGUCAAGAAGAUAUUGAGUCUGUAGAAUCAAAGCAGGAGGUCGUUUAUGACAUGUAUAUGGAUUGUCUGGCAAUGAUAAACCGUGCCUUGCACAAACUUCGGCAAGGAAACGUUGAAUUAAAUCGGGAUCCGUCUGAUAUUCCUCAAGAAGUCCAGACACAGUCUGCACCUCCUAAGGAAGUCCAGGCUAGCGAUACUGAUUUAAAUAAAACGAACUCGUCCACCCACACUUGUCGAAAUGUGGGUAAUCAGGCCGCUAGCUCCCCAAUAGCAGGUAUUGGGAAUCCUAGAGGUAAUUCGAGUUUUAAUGUCGAUCCUCCGAAUUCAGAUAUGGUUCAUAAUCUGGUGUUGCCUCCUUGUGAUACGGAUGUCUUCGAGGGCGAUUUUCUUUCGUGGCCAACCUUUAGAGAUCUUUUUAGCGCGGUCUAUAUAAACAAUGCUCGAUUGAGUGAUAUCGAGCGUCUUUGUCAUUUGACACGAAAUACUAGAGGGGAAGCUCGCGAGAUUGUUUCUAAAUUCCCCUUAACGAACCGUAGUUUUGCUCUGGCGUGGAACGCGUUGAAAGCCACAUAUGAUAAUCCUCGGUUGUUAAUUCAUAAUCAGUUUAAAAUAUUAUUCGCUCUUCCGGUACUUGAAGUUGAAACAAGUUCGGGUCUUAAACAAAUCCAGCGUGGUAUCAAUGGUUGCUUGUCCGCAAUGUCCAUUUACGACGUUCGUACGGAUAAUUGGGAUCCGUUCUUAGUUUUUAUUUGUCUUCAAAGGCUUCCGAAAAUUACACAGACAUUGUGGGAGCAAAGUGUUAAAGACAAAUCAUCUGUUUCGCUUUGGGAAGACCUCGAUAGGUUUUUAACGGAACGGAUUCAAACACUCAUGUGUCUCCAUGGUAUGCGAGGGAAUGAUUCGGUCAAAAAAUCUAACGUUAACAAAUUCCAAACCCACGUCUCGCAAACUCGUCCUUAUCGUAAUUCCCCACCAUCUCCUAAGAAUGAAUGUAUUCUUUGCCCUCAACAGUCCCAUCAGCUUUUUGAAUGUCCUCGAUUCAAAAGUAUGUCGCUAUCGGCUAGAUUUUCUACAGUGAAACGUCGUAGAUUAUGUGUGAAUUGUUUGCGUAGGGGGCACGAGGUGAAAACUUGUAUUAGUCAGCAUCGGUGUUCGAAAUGUAGGCGUAGCCAUCACACAUUAUUGCAUCGUAGUGGCACAUCACCCAAUAAUUCAAUUUCUUCGGUUGGUUCGGUAAACCGAAACCCUACAAAUUCACCAAAUCCUGUCCCAAUCAAUCCUUCAGUCCCAUCCACAUCAACUAGUGCUUCUCGGCAAGUUUUCCACACGGCUCAGAAUAAAUCUGUUCUAUUGGGGACAGCUAUUGCACAUGUCGUCCAUUGUGGUGUUUCGUAUCCCGCUAGGGCUUUAAUAGAUCCAGCAUCAGAAUCAUCGUUUCUGACUCAAGGCUUGCAGAAUAGGUUGAAACUCCCUGUAAGUUCAACAGAUGUCACUGUUUCUGGGGUGAAUUGUGCAAUUUCGGCCAAUUCUAGUAAAAUUUGCUCGUUGCAAAUUGGAAGUCGUUGCGAUCCUUCAGUGGUUUUAGAAACUCGUGCAGUGGUUUUGCCGUCCAUUUCGGGGAAUUUGCCCUCGUUUAAUGUCUCGUCGGAUUUUAGAGCCCAAAUGCCAAAUAUUCGUUUGGCAGAUGAUGAUUUGUUUAAUUCACGUCCUGUGGAACUUCUCUUGGGUGCGGACUUGUAUCCAAAAAUUAUGUUGGAGGGUUGUCAGUCAAUUCUUUCUGGGACUUUGCUGGCUCAAAAUUCAAUUUUCGGGUGGCUUGUAACUGGACCUAUCCCAUCGUCGGAGAUUCGUGCCUUUGCCACUUUAGUUGCCCGCAAAAAUUAUAGUAGAAAUUAUAUGGUUAGAUCGAAUAGAUCGCGGCGAUCCACUUUUGGCCGCUACUAA